AUGACUGUCCUCCUUCCUCUAUUUCUUUUUGCUCUAGCUGCGAAGGUUCAUGCUGUUACCAUAAAACUUUACGGCGCUACCGUGGUAGGACAAGGAGAUUGCAAUAACAACAACGUAAUCCUCACCUGUACCGAUAUUGCAGAAGGAGAUUGCUGCUAUAUUCCAAAUACCAUUUUCGGUUCAGCCAAAUUCCUAGCCUUGCCCUUGCCCGCAGCGCAAGGCCUUGUCUUUAACGACUUGAACCUUUAUGGUUGCAAUGGAAGAGCGACUAGUGUAGGGUAUGGUUUGGAUCUUUGUCUCGGCCCGGGCACAGGUGCACAAUGGAUCAACCCCGUCAAACAGACUGGGGAUUGCGCCAAAACGGACGACCCUCUUGUAGGAGUCUGCAAACUGAGAGGCACCAAUGCUCCAUCACUAGACUGUGACUAUGGAUCGUGCCUUGAUAACUCCGAGGCGAGCAAUCCUCUUGGAGAAUGCGACUAUGAUGGAAGCAAAGACGAGUUUACAGAUGUCAACUGUCCCUCUGCAGACCGCAAGAUGAUCAGAGGCGAGAGAGCUAGACUGUGA